UCUGGAAGAUAGUUUAGGGCUACUCAGUCCCGCACUCUGGACUAGUAGUCUCUACGGCAGCCGGUGCGGGGCCGUGGCGCUGCAGACCUCUGCUGGCCCCGCCGCCGUCCUGGCUGGUCCGCAGCUGCGCGCGCGAAGCGGGACGCGUCGCCAUGGCGACGCCGGCGGGGCUGGAGCGAUGGGUGCAGGAGGAGCUGCACUCGGUGCUGGGGCUGAGCGAGCGGCACGUCGCGCAGUUCCUGAUCGGCACGGCGCAGCGCUGCGCCUCGGCUGAGGAGUUUGUGCAGCGCCUGCGUGACACCGAAACUCUGGACCUCGGCGGGCCGGCGCGGGACUUCGCGCUGAGGCUCUGGAGCAAGGUGCCGCGCAAGGCCGUGGUAGAAAAGCCAGCUCGGGCAGCUGAGCGGGAGGCCCGAGCCCUGCUGGAGAAGAACCGAUCUUAUAAGUUGCUGGAAGACAGUGAGAGCGGUGAGGAGGCCGUGGGCAGGGAUGGGAGCAGCCUCCAGAAGAAGCGGAAGAGACGGAAACACCUCAGGAAGAAACACCACGAGGAGGAGGAGGAGGAGGAGGAGGAAGAGGCUGCUGAGGCGGGAAAGAGGAAGACAGGGGGGAGUAAAUCGCCCGCGGAGGAGAAGCCAGCCUCAGAGGAUGAGUGGGAGCGGACAGAGCGGGCACGUCUUCAGGACUUGGAGGAACGGGACGCCUUUGCAGAGCGGGUGCGGCAGCGGGAUAAGGACCGGACCCGGAAUGUCCUGGAGCGGUCAGAUAAGAAGGCUUAUGAAGAGGCUCAGAAACGCCUCAAGAUGGCUGAGGAAGACCGGAAAGCCAUGGUCCCUGAGCUUCGCAAGAAGUCUCGGCGAGAAUACCUGGCAAAGCGCGAGCGGGAGAAGCUGGAGGACCUGGAGGCGGAACUGGCCGAUGAGGAGGUGCUGUUUGGGGAUGUGGAGCUAAGCCGGCACGAGCGCAGGGAGCUCAAGUACAAGCGACGUGUGAGGGACCUGGCCCGGGAGUACCGGGCAGCCGGAGAGCAGGAGAAGCUGGAGGCCACUAAUCGCUACCACAUGCCCAAGGAGACUCGGGGACAGCCAGCUCGCGCCGUGGACGUCGUGGAGGAGGAAUCGGGUGCCCCAGGAGAGGAGCAGCGGCGUUGGGAGGAAGCCCGGCUAGGCGCCGCAGCGCUUAAGUUUGGGGCCCGAGAUGCCGCCGCCCAGGAGCCCAAGUACCAGCUGGUGCUGGAGGAGGAUGAGACCAUCGAGUUUGUCCGAGCCGCCCAGCUCCAGGGCGACGAGGAGCCGUCGUCAGUUCCACCCCCAUCAGCCCAGGCCCAGCAGAAGGAAUCCAUCCAGGCCGUCCGCCGCAGCCUGCCGGUGUUCCCCUUCCGAGAGGAGCUUCUGGCGGCCAUUGCCAAUCACCAGGUCCUCAUCAUCGAAGGCGAGACCGGCUCCGGGAAGACCACACAGAUCCCGCAGUACCUCUUCGAGGAGGGUUACACAGAGAAGGGUAUGAAGAUUGCUUGCACCCAGCCCCGGAGAGUGGCAGCCAUGAGUGUGGCAGCGCGAGUGGCCCGGGAGAUGGGUGUGAAGCUUGGGAAUGAGGUUGGCUACAGCAUCCGAUUUGAGGACUGCACAUCAGAGCGGACGGUCCUCCGCUACAUGACGGACGGCAUGCUGCUGCGGGAGUUCCUGUCUGAACCUGACCUUGCAAGCUACAGUGUGGUGAUGGUGGACGAGGCUCACGAACGGACCCUGCACACAGACAUCCUCUUUGGGUUAAUCAAGGAUGUUGCUCGAUUCCGCCCUGAGCUCAAGGUCCUGGUAGCCUCAGCCACACUGGACACUGCCCGUUUUUCCACCUUCUUUGAUGACGCCCCCGUCUUCCGAAUCCCUGGACGAAGGUUUCCAGUUGACAUCUUCUAUACCAAGGCCCCAGAGGCUGACUACCUAGAAGCCUGUGUCGUAUCUGUACUGCAGAUCCAUGUGACCCAGCCACCCGGGGAUAUACUGGUGUUCCUAACGGGACAGGAGGAGAUUGAGGCCGCCUGUGAGAUGCUCCAAGACCGCUGCCGCCGACUGGGUUCCAAAAUCCGGGAGCUCUUGGUGCUGCCCAUUUAUGCCAACCUGCCCUCAGACAUGCAGGCUCGCAUCUUCCAGCCCACACCCCCUGGGGCCCGAAAGGUGGUUGUGGCUACAAACAUUGCCGAAACAUCGCUCACCAUUGACGGCAUCAUUUACGUGCUGGACCCAGGUUUCUGCAAACAGAAGAGCUACAACCCCCGCACAGGCAUGGAGUCUCUCACAGUCACACCCUGCAGCAAGGCCUCAGCCAAUCAGCGGGCUGGCCGCGCGGGUCGGGUGGCUGCAGGGAAGUGCUUCCGCCUGUACACAGCCUGGGCCUAUCAGCAUGAGCUGGAGGAGACCACGGUUCCUGAGAUCCAGAGGACGAGCCUGGGCAACGUCGUGCUGCUGCUGAAGAGCUUAGGGAUCCAUGACCUCAUGCACUUCGACUUCCUGGACCCUCCACCGUAUGAGACCCUGCUGUUGGCUUUGGAACAGCUUUAUGCACUUGGAGCCCUCAACCACCUUGGAGAACUCACCACGUCUGGUCGAAAGAUGGCAGAGUUGCCUGUGGAUCCCAUGCUGUCAAAAAUGAUCUUGGCCUCUGAGAAGUACAGCUGUUCAGAAGAGAUCCUGACAGUGGCCGCUAUGCUGUCCGUCAACAACUCCAUCUUCUACCGGCCCAAGGACAAGGUCGUCCAUGCCGACAAUGCCCGUGUCAACUUCUUCCUCCCUGGUGGAGACCACCUGGUUCUGCUGAAUGUGUACACACAGUGGGCUGAGAGUGGCCACUCUUCUCAGUGGUGCUAUGAAAACUUUGUGCAGUUCCGAUCCAUGCGCCGAGCCCGCGAUGUCCGAGAACAACUGGAGGGGCUCUUGGAGCGUGUGGAGGUUGGCUUGACUUCCUGUCAAGGAGACUACAUUCGUGUGCGCAAGGCCAUCACUUCGGGUUAUUUUUACCACACGGCGAGGCUGACUCGGAGCGGCUACCGCACGGUGAAGCAGCAGCAGACAGUGUUUAUUCACCCCAACUCCUCUCUCUUUGAACAGCAGCCACGCUGGCUGCUCUAUCAUGAGCUUGUCUUGACCACAAAGGAGUUCAUGAGACAGGUAUUGGAGAUUGAAAGCAGCUGGCUUUUGGAGGUGGCUCCCCACUACUAUAAAGCCAAGGAACUAGAAGAUCCUCAUGCUAAGAAAAUGCCCAAAAAAGUAGGCAAGACACGAGAAGAGCUGGGCUAGAAGGAUGACCAACGGACUGGACCACACAGCUUCCUUUUCCUUCCAUACUUUAUUUAAUAUCUAGGAAAUAAAAUUAUUUUUGGAAUGAAGUGUGUGGGAGCUUUGGGAC